UUCCCCGCUCUUAUUUUGAAGUCCACUUCCUGUUGUGAGUCCAACAGCAGCAGCGAGUUCCCUCACCGCAGUCAUAUCGUCCGUUAACAAACCGAAAAAAGGACGUCAACAUUUAGGUGAAUUGUCAUCAACACCCGGAUGACAUGAGUCCGGUUUUAAGACGUUUUUAGAGUCGGAAGCCAGGUGUUUUAACAGUGCAGGAGGCGGCCAUGGAGCAGUCGUUUCCAGGCAGUCCGUGUUCGUCUGAGCCGGAGAGUCCUGGAGGUCUGAACCGAGGCUGCCUCCUCGACCCCGCUGACAACUACUAUGAUCUACAUGAUCUCUCCGUCAUCGUCCCAGAAACACCAAGCCCGCAGCUCGGCAAACGGAGGAGACACAGUCGCAUCACAGAGGAACACUUGAGUCAGGCGGCGGCCGCUGGGUCUCCAGGGCGACCACAUAAGUCCAAACGCAGAUGCCUGGCUGCAGCGAUGGGGGAGCAGGGCUUUGUUCCAGCUUCAUCUCUCCGAGCUUUUCAUCUGGGCCCCUGGCUGGAAGCCCCGCGGCCGACCGCGUCCUGCUCUUCCUCCUCCUCCUCCUCCUCCUCCUCCUCCUCCUACUUCACCCCAGUAUCAGAGGAGGAAGUGGAGGGAGAAGCCAGUCCUGCCUGUCUCAGCCGGAGGUUGAAGCAAAGUCUGACGCCAGCGGCGGCUUUAGCUUUGCCAGCGCCGCCGGCGUCCUCCUCGGCCGAGUCCUUGUCCUUCCUGACCGCAGAGGAGAAGAGAUGGCUGAACGGCGAGCAGGUAGACGCCUCAACAGCGGCGGAGGAGAUCGUCAUCAGCGACGAGGAGGAGGAGGCCGCGGUCCGCUCUGCUCAGGAGGAGGAAGACGAGGCGUUCGCUCGGAGCCUGCAGGCCCAGUUUGACCAGGAGGAGUCACACAGCCAACAGCAUCAGCAGCUUCAUCAUCAUCAUCAUCAUCUUCAUCAUCUUCAUCAGCAGCAGAGCCACCACGCGUAUUACCCCUACGUGGAGCCCAGCUGGAUGCCUCAUCUCCUGGCGGCCGUUUCUCCUCUGGUCUCCUUUGAAGACGAUCUGAUUGGUCAAACCAGAAGACGUGGGCGGGGCCGGCGGAGGAACGCCCAGCCUGAGCUUUCAGAAGACCUUCAGGGGAACGACUACGAGGCUCUCCUGGCGUUCGAGGAGCGCCAGGGUACCGUGGUGUCCAACCGGCUGAGUCGGAGGGAGAUCCAGAGGUUUCCCACCAGAACGUUCCAGCCGGCUGCCGGCGCGGGGAACACACAGUGUCAGAUCUGUUUCUGUGACUACACCAGUAAGGAGAAGCUGAGAAUCUUGCCCUGUUUCCAUGACUACCACGUCCAGUGCAUCGACCGAUGGUUAAAGGAUAACGCCACCUGUCCCAUCUGCAGAGCCAACCUGGCGGACGGCGCCGCUGCCCUCUCCCCCCCACAACCCCUCUGACGCCAGCACUCCUCUCCCGGGGGCGAGGCUCUCCUCUGCCAGUAUUCCUGUCUCUCUCUCUCUCUCUGUAGUUUGUAGUUUUAAAGGACAACUCAUCUGUUUUUAUAACUUUUUAUUUAAAUUGUUUUAUGUCAGAACUGAAUCGACUCAAAAGAAAAUAAUAAAACCUUCGAAACCU